AUGCUUCCGGCUCCCCUAGUCAGUGUCUACCAGCAGUAUAAGCAGGACACUGAUUCCGUGGCUUCAUGGCUCGCGUCCACAGCCAAGGCCUGCGGCUACCCAGCCGAUCUACUGAAGCCGGUUGGGCAGGCAAAGAAAAGGGCCAAACACAAACACAAGAAUACUUCGUCUAAGUACGUUGUGGCGCUCAAAGACUUUGUCCCGCUCGCUCAAUUCAUCGCCGGCUCCAAGAAGCCAGUGGUGGAUGUCCCGGAAUCCUUCGUCACCACCAUCGACCGGGUCAUCAAUGUCCGCUCCUCCUUCAGCAACCGCCUAGCUGAGCAUGGCAAACAAACAACAUUCGAAGUCGAAAAGCCUCACUCUUUCUUUCUCGGGAUUCUCGAACAAGUUCGGGAAUCUCUGAGACCUCGCAUGCCAACCGCUACUGCGGCAUGGGCGGAGUCGAGCUCCUCGUCUUCUGCCGAUGCGCUCGCGAACGCAUUUGAAGCACUGAAGGUUUACGAGCCUUCAGACGACUUCCUGAAGGCACCGGAUAUCACAAGACCUGAGCCUGAGAAAGCUACGGAUAAGGUGGUCUAUGAAGCCGAGGGGGCCGCAUACUCCGAUUUCCAAGACGCCAUAUUCGCCUACUCUAUCAUGCUGGAAGACCUCCGCAAGAUCCGCACUCAGAUCUUGUUUAUCUGGCAGAAUUACCGCGACGGAGCCUUUGAUGUUGCAACUGCCGCCAUUGCAACAAACACCGCCGUCGAGCUUGCGCACAACGUCGCAGAGGAGGUCAUACCUCUGUUCCGAUCUCAUGGCGGUGUGUGGGAGGUCGCUAUGGCUUACUACCACGCAGCCGCCCUCGCCAGCGGCUUCAGCAAGGAGAGCAUGAAUAUUUCAGAUGCAGGAAGGGACAACAGAACGGCCUUCAACGUCAAGACGUACGACGUCGCGAACAACACGUACAUCAACGUCUACCGCUUCCUGGAGGGCUUCCAGGCGGUGUUAAGACCCAAUGUGCUGCCUCUAUUCAAGCAAAGGCGUCUUUGGAACGUCAUCAUGAUGGAGGUUUUCGGGGAACUCAUGGCAAUCAUUCGGACUGUGCCAAAUUGGCCAGUAGAAGACGAGUUUCUCCGAGGUAUGCGAGAAAUGGAGGACACGAAGAAGAUUCCGUUUUACCUUGUCUUCGCUGCCCAAACAUACCUUGACAUCCAUCACAUUCUAAGGGACGACGUGGAGAGAGGAUUUUUCCAAAUGAGCGACGAGACCAACAUCAUGCGCAACAAUCUGAAAAGCCAUCUUGAGUUUCAUCAAAGUCUUAAGAUCGAUAGCUGGACAGUCAAGCACGACCGGGCUCUGAAAGACAGAGUCAAAAACGAUUAUGCGCGAAGGCAUGGAAUCCCUCUCUCACCUGACACCAAGCAGUACUACCUUCUCAGGCAGUCGCCCGUCAUGUCUGGUCUGAUUCUGCACUACUUCCGGCUUGAUCUUUACGACAUUGGGAUUGCCGUAGCUAAUGCUUGGGGAUCCAUCACAUACAUGGAGCACCUCUACAAUGCCGUGGAUAAAGAAGGUCUUCUCGAAGAACCAUGGGAAGAUAUGGAUUUCAUGCGGAUCCUCGUGGGCCAGGAUGCUUUCUACGUCGGCGGAGCCCCUUCUGCACCAGAGGACUAUUACAAGAAGUUUUGCCUUCAGAUGGGCGUAUCUGCUGCAACUUUUGCGAACCGCAGUAAGAGACGGGCUAAGAUAAACCUCGAGUCUCGCGCUGGACCUCGCGCGAUCAAGAGGGGAGCUCCUGUAUCCGUCAUGUUCCAAAAUCGAUUUACCCUACGCGGGCCUGGCAUGGUGUGGACCACUGAGCUCGUCGAUAACGUGCUGUCGCGUAGCGAAUGGGAGGAAGAACAUGAUGGCGAUCAAAUCGUCAGCAUGGCUCGAGUCAUAGACCCGAAGAGGCUGACUAAAAUACGAAAGGGCAAGAACAAGAAGUUGGCAGAGGACGGAGGACGUCUGCCACCAGAAAAGCUGAUCAGAUCUCUUCUCUUCGCGCUGCAGAGCGAGAUUAUGGAGGUUGCUUUUCCGUACCUACUGAUGCAUCGGUGGUGUUGGAUGGUGCUUCGGAGUCUUGAGGAGCAAUGUGACCCCUUGUUGAGGGAGCUCUUCACACCGGCGUACAUCGAGCGUGAGAAUCAACUGCCGUUUGUCGUAGGCUGGAUUCUCGCGGCGAUGAACAGUUCCGGUGAAGUGCUACAGGAUCGUCGGUUGUUGGAGUCAGCUGCGGUCGUCUUGAAUACUUUCUUAUUUGCUGGAGCUGCAGGAAGCAUAUGCGGCUCGGUCCUGGAGAAGAUUGGGAUCCAUGUACAAGUUGAGGAUGAUGAUGACUCUGAGUAA